AUGGAAUCGCAAGAGAUGCCGCUCCUGCUGCCCGACAACAUAAAGGAAGAAGCCCCCGACGAGGCGGUCAUCGAGGGAUUCUGUGACGAGGAAGACCCGCCGGAAGUAGAUCCAUACGGUGACGACUAUCUUGACGGCGAUGUUGAGAGCGAGGAGGAUAUCAAGUGCAACACGGACUUUGACGAGCCCCUAUCGGGACGCGAGGCGGAGAGGCAAGAGAUUGAUGUGGAGAGCGGCUCCUCCGACGAUCCGCGAGAUCCCGACUAUGGUGCAACAAAGCAAAAGCGUGUUUCGCCCCGGGCGCUGCUCGGCGAUCAAAAGGGCCGCUAUCCCUGCUACAUCGAGGCGUGCAAAUGGCGCGGCAACUUCCGGUCCGUUCGUUGUACCCACAUGCGCACCAUGCACCCGACCUGGCAACGCCCACCGCGUUAUUUGUUGAAUCGCAUCGCUCGGGAUGGCAGGGUGCUGAAGCCGAACGACGAGAACGCCCGGUACGGCUGUUUCGUUGAGGGAUGCCCGUGGCGCGGUCAAUAUAGAGCCAGCCGUUCGAACCACAUUAAGUCUCAGCACAAGGAUUUCAUCCCGACUCGCCACCGCGCUCCAAAUGGUGGCUUCGUCGCUGCCGGCCCGUACAGCUGCCACCUGCCCGACUGUGCCUGGCGUGGGGCGAGCCGCUCGACUCGUGCCGUCCACAUGGCGCGCGAGCACAGGGGAUGGGAGCCGAGCCGCUAUAAGCCGAAAAGAUUCAACUGCAACGAGUGCGCCGAGACGGUCAGCUCGCACAAGGCCUUCGUCGACCACAUGGCCAGCGCGCACAAUUUGGGCAACCUCAUCGAGGAGCACUUCAACAGCAUGAUUUGGUACCAAAACAUCCAGCGCGAGCACUCGAUCACGUUCGUGAAGCGCCAGGGACUCAAGGUCGGCCAGCAACAUCAGAUCCUCUACGUCUACUGCUCCCACUCGGAGGUGUGUACCCCGGAGGGGCCAUACAUGCGCGCCAAGCCCACCGCCUACAGGCCGAAGAACUUCCGCGUCGAUCUCGCGGAAAGGCCGACCCUGUGCUGCGUCUUCCUGCGGGUAGUGCAUUUUGAUGACGGCCAUCUGACUGCUCACGGCUGCCUGGAGCACACGGGCCAUCGUCUCGGCACCAGUCUACUUCGAUUGUCCUCACUGGAGCGCCUAUGCGUGGAGGAAAACACCUAUCUACGAGACUUGGAUGACGUCAACGCGCUGAAGCGUAUACUGGCUCGCCUACAAGUGCUCGAAGGCCCGUCGCCCGACGAAUAUCAGCCGGAGAGGCGCCUGAACCCGGAAGAGCCCUUCAAGCACAUCUUGGCCACCGAUGAACUCCAGUCGCUGUCGCGCCGCUUCUCAGAUCCUACGCUAUACCCACCGGGCUCGGUGUUCGGCUACGUCUCGCCAAACGAGGGCUACUUUGGAUUCGGCUUCUCGGACAUGAGAAUGGCCAGGUGGUGGCGAAAAUAUUCGUCGAAAGGCGUCUGCUUUGAUGAGAUGCCAAUUUGCAUCGACGGUCGCCCGUACGUCGUCACGCUGGCCCUCGUGUUCGCCACGGGCGACCGCGUGCGCGUUGCCGCUUUUUUUACUACUGUCGGCCAUCUCCAGACGUUCGUCACGCCACUCUCCAACGACUACCCGGCGCUGAUCACCCAACACUUUGGCCGCUUCCAACGGGAAAACGGCACCUUUGAUCUGCAGCUCUCCGAGUGGUCCCUGCUGCUCGACUGGGCCAAUGAUCUACAAGCGCUCAUCGACAACAGCCCUCGACCGGCUGACCGUGCUGCUGACGCUGCGCCGCUCGCCGUCCACCUCGACAAGCUGCUUGAGCCGAACUUCUUGGCGCGCUGGUCGCCGCUUAGCCGAAACCCACUAACCGCCCACAGCAACCCGGCGCUGGACUUUGCCGUGAGGGUGCUACGCGAGCGGUACCUCUCCACCGAUGGCUACCUGCGAAUCGACCAAUACGUCGGCGAUUUGAUGGAACGUGUCGGCGACUACAAUAAUAUCAAGUGCAAAGUUCCGAUGGUCCGCUCGACCCCGGACAUGCCGCGUCAACUCCCGCUCGAUGAUGCCAUGAAUCUGAGCGUAGAGGAGCAGCGCUCGCUGGCCUCGAUGCCAAGCACUUCCGGGUCGUCCCUCUCCAGCCUGCACAACACCUCGAAGACGGACAGCCAGAACAACUACCAGCCGUGCUCCAGUCGACGCGCCAUAUACGUGCCGGCACCGGAUCCCGGGUUCUGCAAGGUCACGCAGUUCCUCAACUUCCCGACGCUCUCGCCGUCGUCCGAGUCGCUGAGCAGCUUCUUGGCCGAUCUCCCCUCCACCUCGACGCAGCUUCCGCCGUUGCGCUGGAACCGCAACGGCCAAUUUUUGGAGACGGUCGAGGAGGUCGAGCAGCCUGAGCCCUGGCUCCAGAGGGCCCCCCUGCCGUCUGCCGAGCAGCCACAGAUGUACGCCGACGAGCAGGUGGUUUACGACGCGGAGGUGGUGGUCGACGUGGAGACCGUGGCGGGCGGACCUCGUGAAGAUGGCGCUGUCUGCAUGAACAAUUCCCAGGAGGUGCCUUCCACUUCCCUGCCAAAGGCGAAGAAACAGCGCGAAGCAGCCGGAAAAGUUGUCGCGGGACUUCUCAAGGAACUUGUCGACAUCGCCGCCACC